GAAUCUAUGUACAUUGAAGAGUCCUCAAAUAAAAAUGGUGUGAUUUCUUUGAUUUUCUCUCUGAAAGAAGAAGUUGGGGCACUGGCUAAAGUUCUGCGCACAUUUGAGGAAAAAGGUAUAAACCUGACCCACAUUGAGUCCCGACCUUCCCGUCUCAACAAAGAUGAGUAUGAAUUCUUCAUUAAUUUGGAAGGCAAGAACGUUCCAGCACUGGACAAGAUCAUCAAAUCCUUGAGAAAUGAUAUUGGAGCAACGGUCCAUGAACUUUCACGAACAAAGAAGAAGGACACUGUGCCAUGGUUCCCAAGAAGUAUCCAGGAGCUGGACAGGUUUGCCAAUCAGAUCCUAAGCUAUGGAGCAGAAUUGGAUGCUGAUCAUCCUGGGUUCAAAGAUCCUGUGUACCGGGCACGGAGGAAGGAGUUUGCCGAUAUCGCUUACAACUACAGACAUGGCCAGCCUAUUCCUCGAGUCACCUACACGGAAGAAGAAAAGAAAACAUGGGGCACGGUCUUCAGGGAGCUGAAGAGUCUCUAUCCAACUCAUGCUUGUUAUGAACACAACCACGUGUUCCCACUGCUGGAGAAAUACUGUGGCUACCGGGAGGACAACAUUCCCCAGCUUGAAGAUAUUUCAAAAUUCUUGCAGACUUGCACUGGAUUUCGCCUGCGUCCUGUUGCAGGCUUGCUCUCCUCUCGGGAUUUCUUGGCUGGGCUGGCAUUCCGAGUAUUUCACUCUACACAGUAUAUUCGCCAUGCAUCCAAACCUAUGUACACACCGGAGCCUGAUAUUUGCCAUGAGCUUCUAGGACAUGUGCCUCUUUUUGCUGAUCCCAGUUUUGCUCAGUUUUCCCAGGUAA